AAAUCCUUUGGCGCUUGUGUCAUAAUGAGUCAACUGAAACUGCUGCUGUUCUUAAGUCUGCAGUUGACUGCGCUCUAUGCGCAGACGCCUAACAAGCUGACCUAUGAGCAGGCACGUCAGGCGGUGCUCAGCGCCGAGGAGCAGCUUAUGACUGGCGGUCGCAUCGAAUUGCGUAGCGAUGAGGCCAAAGUGGAUGAUCUCUUCAUGCAGUACAAGCUGGGCGAACUGGCACAGGGCUAUCGCAAUGCCGACCAAAAUGCAGCCGCUAUGCAUUUCUUCAAGGCCAAGCCAUUGAUUGAUCGCAGCACAGUCUUCAAAUUUCUGCAGCAGAUGCCCAAGGGCGCAGUCCUACAUGUGCAUAACACAGCCGCUGUAAGCUCGCGUUGGGUGGUGCAGACCUUAUCCUAUAUGACCGGCCUGCUGCGCUGUACGAAUGCCCAAGGACAAAGCAGAUUGAGCUUUCGUCGUGCGCCACGGGAACAUGGCUGUACCUCGCAGUAUGUUGCAGUGGCGGAUGAGCGACGCAACUCCCUAGACCCAUCUGUAUAUGAUGAGAAUUUUGAGCGUCUUAUUAAUCUCUAUACACCGGUGCCUGAGAUCGAGUAUCCCACCAUAACUUCAGUCUGGGACAGGUUUCAAAACAUGUUUGAUGCCUUAACAGAUGCCAUUUACUAUCUGCCCGCCUAUCGCGCCUAUCACUGGCAACUACUGGAGGAGCUCUACAACGAUAAUGUUAUGUAUGCCGAGCUGCGCAUCAGUUUCCGGGAGAUUUAUGAUGCCAGUGGUCGCACAUUUCCGCGCAUGCAGGUCUUGCAGGAGCUGCAGGCAAUUAACGAUAAGUUUGUGCGACUGCAUCCUAGUUUUGUGGGCAUUAAGAUCAUUUUUGCCGUCUGGCGUGGCUCUGGCAUUGACAAAAUCCGUGAACUUGUGCAGGAGUUUAUAAAAUUGCAAAAAGCUUAUCCUAAUUUCGUCGUUGGCUUCGACUUGGUGGGGCAGGAGGAUAAGGGCAAGCCUUUGUUUGAGUAUAUAUCAGUGCUGCAGGAUUUGCCACCAGGCAUGCGCUUCUUUCAUGCCGGCGAAACAAACUGGUAUAGUGCCUCGGCGGAUAUUAAUCUGCUGGAUGCGCUGCUGCUGAACACCACGCGCAUUGGUCAUGGCUUCGCAUUGGCCAAGCAUCCGUUGCUCAUGAAUGCAGUAAAGACACGCCAGAUUGCAGUGGAGAUUAAUCCCAUUUCGAAUCAGGUGCUGCACUUGGUGCAGGACCUGCGCAAUCAUCCUGCUGCACAAUACUUGGCUUUGGAUGUGCCUAUUGUCAUCUGCAGCGAUGACCCGGGCUUUUGGAAUGCCAAGGGCCUAAGCUAUGAUUUCUACUACGUCAUUAUGAGCAUGGCCCCCAACAAUAUGGGAUUACGUGUGCUCAAGAGUCUGGUUUUCAACUCAGUGCGUUACUCAGCCUUAACGGAGCUUGAGCAACAGCGUGCCUAUCAGUUGUUAGAGAAAAACUGGCAACGUUUUAUAGAUAAUGUUCUGCAGGGCAGCGUCUUUUAGUUUAUGUUCAAAUACAUACAACUAUGUACUUAACUCUUGUAUUAAUUUUACUUCAAUUGUUGCUCCACAAAUCGCUCACAGCUCUCGUUUAUCUGCAAAUAGACCGCAUGAAAGCUGCCCAUACCUUGACU